AUGAACGCACAGUCUGCAGCAACCGCCUCUGCAUCUCGGGCUUCCGAGACUCAUCAUCAAAUGCGUCUUCGGAACAGACACUGCCAAUCCAGGGACGCUGCUGAAACAGCGACCGCUAGGGCUGCUGAGACAACGCUCCGUAGGUCUGUUCGCUAUGCUAUGAAUGCUACCAACACUGCCUGGUCGAAGGCAGCUUUAACAUUUGACCGCAGGCGCGCCUGUCAAUCCAGGGACGCUGCUGCAACAGCUAAGUCGAGGGGCCCGAGACAGAGCUGCAGCGGGCAACCGGCAAUGCCUGCAACGCUGCAGCGACUUCUGCUGCCAGAAACUCCGAGGGCCCACAGACAAAGGCAAACAAACUUUCAAGGGCUGCUACAAACAUGGCCGCUUUGCAAUUAUAUCAAACUCCCCAAGCUCGCCGCAUACGCCUUGACGGCGACAUUCAGCGCCUUGCGGUCGCCCGUCAUUAUCUGUCUCAGUAGCUUUUUUCGGUCUUUCUCGUCUUUCAACUACGACCCCGGCAUUAACUUAACUACGUGUGACGACAUCAAUGUAGGUCCCAUGAUCCGCGUCUGCCAAUUCUGCAACGCCCGCAAAUGUUCCGGGGAUCCUGCCGGUCUGUGCUGCUCCUCUGGCAAAGUUUGA